AUGAAUUCGUUUAGAGAAGCACAGUUUCUCUUUCCGCUGAGAACACUCUUCCAUUCGAAGUCAGUGAAUGGUAGUGGUCUAAAUCACUUUAGGUCAACAUAUACCAAUGCACGUAUAAAUAUACACACACUCGAUAUAAAUUUUCCGAAUUUUCCGUACAGAAUACAACGACAUUACAGGAGCGUAUUUCGCAAAGCAGGUGACCGAGAAGUCGAGUAUAGUGCAGCACAUCAAUCCCAACGAAAACCGGCAGCAAAGAAGCCAGUUGAACCAAAAUCAGAUAUUGAUCCAGGCGCACACGCACAUAAUUAUAGACAGACAGCCAAUCUUCGUCGUGCUGCUGCAAAUCUACGAGCAUCGGCACAACCAAACCACAAUUCACGGCAACGUAUAUCACCCACAAACAUCACAACCGCAUUCCCGUCGACGUCCCAUCGCGCAGUUUUAAAAGCUGCGGUCGCGGCCAGAAUCAACCACACGUCACUAGAUAAUAGUUCGAAGAGGCGAAAGAUGGACGUCUCGUUGAGCUCGGACACAUCGUCCUGGAUUGAGACCUUUAUACACAAGAACUCCAACAAGUUCUACUGUGCUGUGGAAGAAUCGUACAUAGAGGAUGCUUUUAAUCUCUUUGGUCUUCGACCGCAGGUACACAACUACUCGAAAGCACUUUCCUGCAUGCUAGAUGAGGAUUUAGAUGAUUUGACGCAGGACCAGUACGCACGCGUGGUGAAAAGUGCGGAGAGGCUGUAUGGGCUCAUUCAUGCUCGAUAUAUAUUAACUACUCGGGGGCUGGCACAAAUGUUGGAGAAGUAUCAAAGAGCUGACUUUGGCCGAUGUAGAUCGCAAAUGUGUAACAAUCAUCCCUUGCUGCCUACCGGGCUCACAGAUACGCUCAAACAGAAUAGAGUCCGUGUUCUAUGUCCGCUUUGUGAACAGAUCACCUUAAGCGAACAGUCUAAUCUCGAUGGGGCUCACUUCGGAACCAGCUGGAUACAAAUGCUUUUCUUUGCCUUUCCCGAGUGCCGACCGCUGCAGUUCCCCUCACGCUAUACUCCAAUGUGCUAUGGCUUCAAGGUACACACGUCUGCCUGGCAACAACCUUUAAUCGGUCGACAAUACAUGACGCUGAGCAGUCAGAUUGUACACAGAAGGUCGCCAGCAAUCCCGACCAAAGGCGACAGUUCAAGAAAAUCCAAGAACACGAACGCGUAAACAACGCAAUUGGGGUGGAAGGAUUGCUCCCUCUGCACUACACAAGCCCACCUAUAGCAACAUUAGUCUUGUUGCCACACACGCAUGCCCCUGUAUUUCUCUCGCAUCUCCGCAUAGUCGCUUGUCUACGCUUCCAUAUGCUCUCGGGUGGUGUAUUAGUGAAUUAAGGCUUCUUUAAGCGACGUGCGUUAUACGACUCCGCAGCAUUGCAGUGUGGUGAUAAGUUUAGGAACCUCAUAGACGCUGUCGGGUAUUAGAGCCCCCCUCCCCAUCAAAGUUACGAGUUGUAGCGUAUGCGUAUAGAACACUCAG